ACGGGGUCAGGUCUCAUCAUGGCGGCUGAGGAGGCGGAUGUGGAUAUCGAAGGGGAUGUGGUGGCAGCAGCGGCACAGCCGGGAAGUGAUGAAAAUACAGCAUCAGUUUUACAGCAAGAACACUAUCUUGACUCAUCGUGGAGAAAUGAGAAUGGCCUUAUUCCUUGGACUCUGGAUAGCACCAUCAGUGAAGAGAACAGAGCUGUCAUUGAAAAAAUGUUAUUGGAAGAAGAGUAUUAUCUAUCUAAAAAAUCGCUUCCAGAAAAAUUGUGGCUUGAUCAGAAGGAGGAUAAUAAAAAAUACAUAAAGAGUCUACAGAAAACAGCAAAAAUCAUGGUACACUCUCCUACUAAACCAGCCAGUUACUCAGUAAAGUGGACGAUAGAAGAAAAAGAGCUGUUUGAACAAGGGCUGACUAAAUUUGGCCGAAGGUGGACCAAAAUUGCAAAGUUAAUUGGAAGCCGCACUGUUUUACAAGUGAAGAGUUAUGCCAGACAAUACUUUAAAAAUAAGGUAAAAUGGGGUCCGGAGAAAGAAACACCAAAUCAGAAAAGCAGCAGUGAUCUUCAGGUUAAAAGUGAAGACAAAGGGACAGAGGCAUGGAUACCAUCAUGUUUAAGGGGACAUGCUAAUCCCAACUUGAAUGCUGUAAAAAUUGAAAAAUUAUCUGAUGAUGAAGAAGUAGACAUCACAGACGAGGUGGAUGAAUUCACUUCUGAAACACCCCAGAAGAAUUCUAACAGUGGUCUCUUAUUAGACAUUCCUAGUGGUAGUAGUAUGCAUGAAACCAAUCAAGGAGAAUGCAUUGCAUCUGAUAGCCAGGAAGACCCCUUUUUUAAAUCUUCCAGGGAAUAUCUUAAGAAUCUAAAGCAAGAUGAAAUGGAAACACUUUCAGGCUCACAGAUUACAUUACAGACUGACGAACCGAGCAACAAUGACAAAAAAUCAGUUGAAUUAAAAGAUGAGAAAUGUAAUAAACCAAGUCAGAACUAUAACAGGCAUGAUGGAAAUGCACUGAUAGAUGAUUGUAGUCAGUGGCCUUCUCUUGAGCCUUGUGCAAAUAAAGAUUUGAGUGACAAUGAAAUGCUUUUUCAUUCUUCUUGUCAUGUUGUGGAGGAAAGCCAUGAGGAAGAAGAGCUUAAGCCACCAGAACAAGAAGUAGAAAUAGAUAGAAAUACCAUUCAAGAAGAAGAAAAACAAGCAAUUCCUGAGUUUUUUGAGGGGCGUCAAGCUAAAACACCAGAACGCUAUUUGAAAAUUAGAAAUUACAUUUUGGAUCAGUGGGAGAUAUGCAAACCGAAAUACUUAAAUAAGACCUCAGUACGUCCUGGCCUGAAGAACUGUGGGGAUGUUAAUUGUAUUGGACGGAUUCAUACAUACCUCGAAUUGAUAGGAGCAAUCAAUUUUGGAUGUGAACAGGCUGUAUAUAAUAGGCCACAACCAGUUGAUAAAGUGCGAAUCAGAGACAGAAAAGAUACUGUAGAAGCAUAUCAACUUGCCCAGCGUCUGCAGUCUAUGCGCACAAGAAGGCGUAGGGUCCGAGACCCAUGGGGAAACUGGUGUGAUGCAAAGGACUUAGAAGGACAGACAUUUGAGCAUCUCUCUGCUGAGGAAUUGGCAAAAAGAAGAGAAGAGGAAAAAUGCAAACCUGUUAAAUCUUCAAAAGUGUCAAGAGCAACAAAAAGCUCAUUUGAUCCUUUCCAACUGAUACCUUGUAAUUUUUUCAGUGAAGAAAAACAGGAGCCAUUUCAGGUGAAAGUGGCUUCAGAAGCUCUUUUGAUAAUGGAUUUGCAUGCUCAUGUUUCCAUGGCAGAAGUAAUUGGUCUAUUGGGCGGAAGAUACUCAGAAGGUGAUAAGAUAGUUGAAGUCUGUGCAGCAGAACCAUGUAACAGUCUGAGUACAGGACUACAAUGUGAAAUGGAUCCUGUAUCACAAACACAGGCCUCAGAAGCAUUGGCUGUUAGAGGCUACAGUGUGAUUGGAUGGUAUCAUUCACAUCCUGCAUUUGAUCCUAAUCCUUCCUUACGAGAUAUUGACACGCAAGCCAAAUACCAGACUUACUUCUCCAGAGGAGGUGCAAAAUUCAUUGGAAUGAUUGUUAGUCCCUAUAAUCGAAACAAUCCUUUACCAUAUUCUCAGAUUACCUGCCUUGUUAUAAGUGAGGAAAUGAGCCAAGAUGGCUCUUACCGUUUACCUUACAAAUUUGAAGUACAACAGAUGUUAGAAGAACCUCGGUGGGGAUUAGUGUUUGAAAAGACAAGAUGGAUAAUAGAAAAAUACAGGCUCUCCCAUAGCAGUGUCCCCAUGGAUAGAAUCUUUCGCCGGGAUUCUGACCUGACUUGUUUGCAGAAACUUUUGGAAUGUCUGAGGAAAACUCUGAGCAAAGUAGCCAAUUGCUUCAUUGCUGAAGAAUUCUUGACUCAAAUAGAAAACUUGUUCCUUGCCAAUUAUAAAAGCAAGCAAGAAAAUGGAGUGUCUCCGGAGAACUGUACAAAGGAAUUAUUAAUGUAAUUAUUUUAAAAUAAGACAUUUUAAUCUGAUAAUGAUAGAGCCUACUUAACCUUGAAAUCAUUGUAAUUUGGGUAAAAGUGGCACAGUUUUGGUAUUUCUUCUCUAGUUCAUAAAAUCCAUACUUUGCCACAUAAAUCAUAUACAAAGGAAGAGAUGUGGACUUGUUUCAUAUUGUGAUUAUCAGGGUGCUAUGUAAUCCAAGGUCUACCACAGUGUUCCAGUCCUGUAUUAUACAACACAAGGCUAUGAAAAUGUAUACGGGUGGUCUGCUUUACUGUUUCGUUCUGAUUGGUGAGUGAAGUGGAUGUCUCUGCUUUUUUAUUUCUUCCCUGAGCUAGUCAUUUAUUAUGUUUUAUUUUGGUAUCUCGUAUCUCAUUAGAAACACUUCCACAUUCCUCUAGUAUAUUCUGAUGAGAUUUGUUUAUUUGUUAUUUGGAGUUGCAAAUGAGAUAUGCUUGAGUGAUCACUGAAAAAAUUAACAUGGUUGAGAACUACUGAUUAAUAAAUCAAACAACAGGCUGUGUGAGGUCAGGAGAAGCACGUGGAGCAAAUCUUAAAAACAGAAGAGAGACCCAAAGGAAAGAAUCAAAUUACCAGUUUUUAAUCAUAGGUGUUUUCCUCCAUUUUAUAAAAUAAGCCAUUUUCUCAACUAUUUAAAGCUUUUUUAAUGGAUUUCACAUACAUAAAAUAAUUAUCUUCAACUGCAUGUCCACAUACAUUAGUGUGUGGUAAAACCUCAUUUUACUGGAACUGAUAAUCAUGGCCCUCACACUAAAUGUUUUUCUCACUUAUCAAGAUAAACAGGCAAAUUACCAUAACGCUUGAAUCAAUCAGAUUUCAUUUGCAAAACAAAAAGGCUUCCAGGACAUAGCAUGUAUUUGGCCCAGUGUCCUAUAUUUUCUGGACCUUAAGUAGAGGUAUGCAGACUUUUUUUAUGUCGAGGUUCAGUUUGUAAACAAUUUUCUGUUUUUCAAGCCACAUAACAGUCUCUAUCAUGUAUUCUUUGUAUUCUUAUAAAGCUCUUUACAAACUGAAAACCAUUUGUAGUUCAGGAUCCUCAGGAAAUACAGGAUGCUAGUCAUUAUUUUCCAGUCCCUGAGCUAGGGAAUUUCAGACAUUAGAAUCUUGUUUUGGAUUCAUGAAUCUGAGACACCAGCUGAUCUUGUGUCAUCUUCAGAUGAUAACAAAACUCAGAAUUGUGACCCAUAAUUAAGUACAGUUUUAAAUUUAUUGCUGCCUCUCACUGAAAUGUAAUAGAUUUGUUCAUUUUUAUUAAACACUUAAUUUACACUAUUUCUCCAAGCAUUCUUACUUGUAACCAUUUCUUUAUAUUCAAGCCAGAUAUGAUUCUGUGGUUUUGUGUUUAUUUGGUUGUAAUCAAUAGCCAAAGCAGAAUAAGGCGGUUUUGGAAGAAGCAUUGAGCCCUUUUUGAGUGACCUGGGUCAUGUCGUAACCUUGUGACUUUGGGAGAUAGAGUUUAGUUUCACUGGGCCCAAAUUUAACUGAGAUGUACAUUAUCUGUUAGUGUCCUUCCAAUUUUAAAGUUGUAUGGUUCAUUGUAAUUAUUGGACUACUCCCCUGUAACUUUAUAUUUAAGGUGGUUCAGUUACCUAAUUAACAUUUUAAAAGAAGAUCAUUGGUAUUGUCUAUCUCUCUGUGCAUCUAGGAUAAACAAUGAAAAGUACCUUAUAAUGUAAUUACUGUGAGGUCCAGGAGUGCAAGAGUUUUAUACCAAAACUCUGGAAACCUUAACUCUUGUCUUGAUUCUAUUAUUAGCUUUGCUGUGUGGUUUUGGUCAAAUCUUACAACCUUUCUGAAUGUCAGGCUCCUCACUUGUAAUUGAAGGGUCUGAAUUUUGUGACUUAUUCCUUUCCAAGUGUAAAAAGGCUGUGGUUCUGUGGGAAGCAAUAAUUCAUUCCCUUGUACUCCUCUUCUUUUGACUGUACUUACUUAUUGUACAUUGGGAAACAGACACUAAAAAGUGAUUUUUAUUAGUGUCUUCUUUUUUUUUAAAGACUUAUUUAUUUAUUUGAAAGGAACAGUUACAGAGAGAGAGAGAUCUUCUAUCUGCUGAUUCACUCCCCCAAACGGCCGCAAUGGCCAGAGCUGAGUGGAUCCAGAGCCAGGAGCUUCUUUCCCGGGCACGUUGUCAGGCAGAUGGAUCACAAAUGGAGCAGUUGAGACUCAAACCAGCACCCAUAAUGGUGGCUUUACCCAUUUUACCACAACACCACCCCUGAGAACACAGUUUUUAAAAUCAUGUUCACUGAGUAUUUUUUUCUGACUAUAGAGUACAUUUGUCUUAUAUCUUUUUAAACGCAGAGAAGUAUAAAUAUCUCAAUUCUUCUAUCUAGAAAACCACAGUUUAAUUAGAUCCUUCCCUUUUUGUUUUAUUUUUGACAGUAUAAUUUUGGACAUUGAACUUUGUUAUUUUUUUUUUAAAGAUUUAUUUAUUUGAAAGAAUUACACAGCCACCUGCUGGCUCACUCCCCAGUUGGCCACAAUGGCCGGAGCUGCACCAAUCUGAAGCCCAGGAGCUUCCUCCGGGUCUCCCAUGUGGGUGCAGGGACGCAAGGCCUUGGGACAUCUUUUACUACUUUCCCAGGCCAUAGCAGAAAGCUGGAUUGGAAGUGGAGCAGCCAGGUCUUGAACCAGUGCCCAUAAAGUAUGCAGGCGGCGGCCUUCCCCGCUACACCACAGCGCCGGCCCCUGAACUUUGUUAUUAAUUUGCUUCCCUCCUGCCCCUUUUUUCUCUUGCCAUGUUCCUAAAACAGCUUUGUAACAGUGGGGUGCACUUUCCUGGCACUGCCAGCCUGGGCCACGCAACAUAGCUGUUGCAAGGCUUCGGAGAAACACAGGGACGUCUAGAACCAAGUGGGAGUAACACAGGAGUCCGGUUCUGAAAAACCUACUUCUAAUAACACAACUGUGGAGAAAGGGCUUGAAAAUACCCCAGUCUCUUCAGCCAGUUUUCUUCUUUCUAUUACUGCACAGUGACUAAAAUAAAGAGCUUAAUUGUUUUUUCUCUUCCUGCCUGGCUAAUGGAAGUUGACACUGAUAUUUAGCUUUCUUUAAAAGUCUGAUUUCAAAGUAGCAUUCAAAAAGAGAAAAGUCAGGGAAACAGAUAGUAAUAGCCAACUCUUUCUCCCUCCAUUGUGUUAGCCCUGAAUCACUGUCUGCUAAUUCUUUUAAAUAAGCUUCAGUUUCCUUUCCCACAGUGGGUUUGACCCUCUCCUCAGAGCCGCGUAGCGAUUUUCACAGGCCCAGGCACUUUGCCUUCUUGGUUCCUUUCUUCCAUGCAAAUAUUACCUUUGCUAAUUGUGUAUGUAUAAAAUGACCUUCUUGCUAUUUUCGAUUAAAACUUUUUUUUCAGUUUAAAAAAGUUCCAUUUUUGUCUCUCAUGAAGUUGAACAAAAUUAGAGCAUUUUUGUGGGCCUUUUUUAAGAUUGAUUUAUUGAUUUGAAAGAGCUGCAGAGAGACAGCAAGCCGCCAUCUGCUGGUUCCCUCUCCAGGUGGCUGCAACAGCCAGGGUUCAUUCAGACCACAGACAGGAGCCAGAGCUUCAUCCAGGUCUUCAUAAGGGUGCAGGGGCCCAAGCUUUUCCCUGCUUUUUCUACUGCUUUUCCCAGGCCAUUAGCAGGGAACUGGAUCAGAAGUGGAACAUGUGAGAUUCCAGCUGUGCCCAUAUGGGAUGCCGGCAUUUAGCUGCUACGCCACAACCACAGUUCCCUUAUGGGUCUCUUGAAAAAAUACACUGUGGGUGUGAAGCGCUGUGCCUAAUGAGUAAGCAGGCCGUGCUGGUGCUGUGACAGCAGUCACUGCUGCCCGCCCCAGCCCCAGCACCGCAGACGCUGGGCUGGAGCACUGCAUUCUGCUCUUCCAGAUCUAGUCUUGCACUUCAUUCUUCCCUGACCGACUGAAACUCAGGAGUGUUGCUUGGGACCUUCAUCCUCAGAAAAACAUAGGAGGCGGUGGUAGUGCUAGUUGUCAGGUGGACCUUUUGUUCUGGUCCUGAGUUUCAGAGGAGCAUCCUGCUUCCAUUCUUUCCUCCCCACCUCUCUCAGACCCUCUCCCUUGUCCUCACUCCCUCUGGUUCCUAGCUCUCUUCAUACAGGCACAGCAUCAUUCUGUCUGUCACUGAAAACCAGGCCUGCAGACGAGAGAUGGACAGACCUGCUCCCAUUCCUUGGGGCUGUUUAGUGGUUAGGGAGGGGGGUGAGAUCUGACACGUUCAGUGCGAGGCCUUGCAGCUCUCCGGGUCGCAGAGAGCACCAUGAUCUCAGUGUGCCAACCUGAGCAAGCCUCCUGCUCUUUAGUUUAUCUUCUUCGGGUUUGUUAAGAUGACAUAGGAACUGAUAGGACCAGAACGUCCUAGGAUGCUGCUCUGACUUAGAAAGAGCUGUGUGACGCCUGUCUGACCUGACCGCCUGAAUCAUAGCUGCCCAUCUGCAGGUCAUCAGCAAUCAUCCCAUUGUGGACGCCUCGACAGAAGGAAGUCAGAGCAUGCAAACUGAAUUUUCUUCGCCUAUACUCUCGCCAGUAGCUGUAAACUAAAUCUGCUGUCUUACAUUAUGGCAUUUAGGAAAACUUCUUUCACCUAAGUACAAAGAGAAGCACACAAAUUUUUUUUAAGAAUCCUCUGGCCCAUCAGGAUUAGUAAAAUUCAAUAAAGAAAUUUGGUCUGCAUCUCCAGUUUACCAGUACUUUAGUAGUUUUCUUACAAAUUAAUAUAUUUUGUAAUAUAUCCAGAAAAUUAUUGAGGGAGAAUAUAUAUUUUAGCUUAGCCUUUUUCUUAAAUGGUUUUAUGAGUGCUGUUUCCUCCAUCUCUGUUUUUUUUCUUUUUUUUUUUUUCCCUCUAAGUUCUAAUUGUGUUUUCUGGUAUUUUCUGAAUCUGUUUUCUAAACUACCUUAAGUCCUUCCUGGAACAAGGGAAGGUAUAAAUAUGUUAUCCCUACCUAAAUCAGGAAAAAAUUAAAUUAUCCCGGAGAAGAUGUGAUUAUGCCAAGGACUCUAUGUGGAACUAAAUACAGUCUGUAUUUUUAUUUUCAUCUUUUAGAGUUUAUGAGCAUAUUCAUAAGAAGUUUAAUUUUGGGGGAAGAAUGCCUGAUAUGCUAUUUUUGAGGUUUCCAAGUAUAGUCUCUUAGGAAUUAAGAGGUUUGUUAAAUAUGUCUUUAUUGAUGUAUUCCUGUUUCAUAGAUUACCACGAAACACUUAACGUCAACCUAUGAAUUAUAAAAAUAGUAUUUAGAUUCUAGCCUAAUUUAAAUAGAUCAGUCAUAUAUCUUUAAAUUUGUGGAUUUUACUUGUAAAUAUAUGUUGUAAGCUUACUAGACAUACAAGUAUUGCAUGAUUAUUGAUAAAACUGUUGCUACUGCUUUUCAUCAGUUUGAAUUUUGGAAUGUUCUUUAAUAAAAUAUGACUUAAACUAUUUUGUACAUUAAAUAUGAUACCAUGUUGUAUAUAUCUGUAUUAAAGAAUAUUGUAAAUAUCAAUGUUUGUAGAAUUAUCAAAAGUUUACCUUAAAAAUUAUUGAACUCUUCCUGCCCCAUACUUACUUGUGACAUAUUAUAAA